AUGGCGGAUGUUAAGUCUCUCGUAUUGAUCGCCUCUGCCCUGGUAGCUGCGGUCGCACUCCAAUUCUUGUAUAAGCUGUAUCAGACUCGAAAGCGAUACCAUGACCUGCCAGGGCCACCGCAUAGUUUUCUUUGGGGCCAUCUCAAGGAGAUGGGCGAUAUUGCAGGCCAGUUCCCACCCAAUUGCCAUCCACAGGUCUACUACACGGCGUUGGCCCAGAAGUAUGACCUGAAGGGUCUCUUCUACCUCGACCUUUGGCCCAUAGCAGAUCCCCAGAUCUUGUUGAUCGAACCCGACCUCAUGGACCAGGUGCAGGUGCAGAGAGUCUACGAGCAACAUCCCAUGGCUGAAGCAUUGAUGUCCAACAUUGUCGGGCCUAAUGUCAUCGCAACGGCGAAUGGGCCAAUCUGGAAGAAGUUGCAUACUGCCAUGGCACCAUCGUUCCUACUGUCGCAUGUGAGAACCCUGACGGGUCUCAUGACGGAGGAGACCCUGCUGUUCCGAGAACGACUCAAGAAACUGGCCACUAGCGGUGUCUUUAGUUUUGAACACGAGUGUAGCAAGUUGAUCUUCGAUAUCAUCGGUCAAAUCGUGUUUAGCUUCCCAACACAUGCGCAAACCCAGGGCAGCACGUAUUUGGAAGGCCUCAAAGAGACCCAAAAACUAAUUAAUGAAAGCCUGUCCAUGAACCCCUUGGUCAAACUGAACGUCUGGUGGAAGAAAGGCGCCGUCACAAAACGACUUGACGCCAGCGUCAGCCAAAAGAUAAAGGAGAGGCUGGCUCGUAUGAGAGACGAGAAUAUUGUGCCAAGCAAGAAAGACUUCUUGAGCAUUCUUGACCUGAUGCUCAGAGAGACACUCAUGAAAGAUGGUCAGCAGGAUGCGAAGGCGGCUGAGUUGCCGCAGGAAGAAUUAAAAUUACUCGUUACACAGGUCAAGGGUCUCCUUCUUGGUGGCCAAGGAACGACUGUGGAUACCCUUUGCUUUGUCUAUAUGCUCCUCUCAAAGAACCAUGAAGUCCUGCGAAAGCUGCGCCAUGAACACGACUCUGUUUUUGGCAGAAAUACGGGCGAGGCGCUGGAAAUCCUGGAGGACAAUCCAUCUAGGCUCAAUGAUCUCGAGUAUACGUCUGCUGUAAUCAAAGAAACACUCCGUCUGUUCCCCGUAGGGUUCGGAGUUCGAAAGGCGCCGCCGGGUGCCACGGUCAAUUAUCAGGGUCAAUUGUACCCCAUUGAUGAUCUCGUCAUAGCUCCGGUCUGGCACACAAUGCAUUACAAUGCAGAGUAUUUCCCGGAGCCAACCAAGUUCAAGCCAGAACGUUUCCUCAACGACGCCGUGCCGCGUCCGUGGUUCCGAUCUUUCAGUCGCGGCGCAAGGGCUUGUCUUGGGCAGAACCUAGCGAUGGACAUCAUGCGCGUCGUUUUACUGUUGACCGUGCGAGACUUCGACUUCGAAUGUGCAGGACUGCAGCCAAGUCAGAAGCCAAAGCAUGCAUACACUGAUCUGGAUACGGUUUUCGGAGACGUCAUUUUCUCAGAGCUGGCCAUGGAAGCAAAGCCUAGGGGUGGUGUGAUGAUGACUGUCAAGGAGAGUGGUUACAUGAAAGCCUAA